ACACAAUUCUCUCGCUGGAGGUGGAAGGUUAGGCGCAUUGGGGGAAUCCCUGUCGCUCAGCUAAGUCCAACGUGACAGGCCCCACUGCAGCAGUGACUACAUACUGCUGGGUGUCAGUAGAGGUUCCAGCUUUAGCGAGUCGGCGAGGUGGAGAAUUCAACUCAACAGUCGCUGCUGUUGUUGCGCUGUGAGUGAGGUGUAGGCCGCACGCCUAAGAAGCUUUUGCAUCAGAGCCUUGGUAUCUGGGAUCCAUGGCGCCGGUCGGCUUAGCCUACGUCGUGGCUUUCCUGCAAGCAAGCGGUGCCAACGCGUUGCUGUUCGGCGUGUCGCAUUACCCGCACCUGCAGACAUCAUGCUUGCCACGAGGACGCGCACAGCAGCGCCAGGGCUUGACGAUGGUGCGGGUGGACAAGGGCAAGGGCGGCGGUGGGUGGGGGUUUCCACGACUCUGGGAUGGGCGUUUACGACCAAGAAAAGGAAAGACGAUAGAAGGGGGUAGCGCGGACAACGAGGGCAGGACCUUUCGCGCUCCGGUACCGGCACUUCCGGUAGCAGCAGCGGCGGGGGUGGAGGGGCGGUCCGUUGGUGGUGUUGAUGUUGGUGUCGACGGUGAUGGAGGUGCGUUUCGGGGAAGGAAGGAAAACUCGGAGACCGACAUGGGAUUUGAGCUGUGUAUUUGGCGAUCGUUCGGAAGCUUCCGAAGGCACGUGGGAGAGACGUUUCUCAGCAGUAGAGAAAAAGCAAAGGCCCCGCGAGAUGCCUGGCGGUACAUGGGUACACUGGUACGCUCUCAAACGGGUGUGCUGCUAGCCAGCGUGGUGACCCUCGUGCUCGCGGCCGCGUGUGAGGUUGCGGUGCCGCACUACUCCAGCAGGGCCCUUAACGCCGCGGCGUUCGCCAACGACCGCGUGGAGUUCGCCCGAAGUUUGCAAGGCAUGGUAGCCUACAGCCUGCUGGCUUCGGUUUUCACGGGGCUUCGGGGAGCGUGUUUCUGGCUUGCGGGGACGCACGUCGUUGCCAAAGUCAGAUUCGACCUCCUGUCUUCGCUGCUGAAGCAAGACAUUUCCUUCCACGACUCCAAUGAGACCGGCGCGCUGACGUCCCGCUUGGCUUCUGACACGGCGAAGAUCAGCAACGUGGUCAGCUUUCACGUCAACAUUCUCUGCAGGCAGGUGAUCCAGGCCGUGGGAGGUCUUGGAUACCUCUACAUGCUGGAGAGGCAGCUUGCCUGCGUCGCCCUGGUCGGUCUUGUGUUGGUCGGGGGCAUCACCACCGCUUACGGUCGCUUCUCGAGGCGGAUAUCCGCCAAGGUGCAGACCGCGCUCGCGGAGGCCGGGAGCGUGGCGGAGCAGAGCUUGUCCCUCAUCAGGGUGGUGAGGGCGCACGCUAACGAGCAGCACGAGCAACGACGGUACGGGGGCAAGAUAGGCGACUCGGUGGAGCUGCAGGAGACGCAGGGUAUCGCGUACGGCGUAGCCAGGGUGGUGAUCGGCUGGAGCCAGGCAUGUACAGCAGUAGUACCAUGCAUUGUUACCAUACCAGAGACGGGUAGUGCGCGCGUGCUCUCGUAG